AUGAAGCUUUCUAGCAUCGUGGGAAUGGCCAUGCUUGCCAACGCUAUCGAAGCAUCAGUGAUAGAUGUGGAACAUCGUUCACCUUCAUCUAUUGAGGUAACAAAACCCUUUCCAAUAACGCUUCAGGAUAUGCACCUCAUUCCAUUCCAGGCUCGCGAUGUCCAAUGCAAAGCCCCCGGCGCGCACAAGUGUGCAGUUAUCGUAUGGGUUCUAAUGGCAUCUUUCGGAAUCCCCGGAUCAUCUACAACAGGGCGUGGUGUCAAGGUCGUCGGUGGUAAUUGCGAUAACAUUAUUGCAAAUGGGAAAUUGAAGGCGGAAGGAGGAGGCAAUGGAUGGAGUGCGGAUUUCACCACGACGUACGGCCCGAACUUGUAUUUUGGUGCCUACAAUAUUGGUACGCGGACUAUUUCCGGAGUAAGGUUCCAGUACAACGGGCGUUCGUACACUCAGGGAGACUGCUUUGGUACGGGGGGUAGCAAUUAUGAUGCUAUACAGUGCAACUUUGAUUGUUAG